GUGGAGGCGCAACAGCAGCUGGGCGAUGGGGCUGCUGGAGCAGUGUCGGGAGGCCUUUGCCGCCGGCGACUUGUACCAGGUGCUGGGCGUGCCGUGCAGCGCUUCGGCAGAGGAGAUCCGCCGUGGCUACCGCAAGGCCUCCCUGCGGGUGCACCCGGACCGCGCCGACCUGCCGGACAAGGAGAAAGCCACCCGGCACUUCCAGAUCUUGGGCAAGGUGUAUGCAGUGCUGAGUGACCAAGAGCAGCGAACUCUGUAUGACCAGCAGGGCAUUGUAGACGAGGAGUCGACUGUGCUGAGCCAGGACCGCAACUGGGAAGAGUACUGGAAACUGAUCUUCAAAGAAGUAACUUUAAAAGAUAUUAAAGAUUUUAAGAAGAAUUACACUGAUUCUACAGAAGAGUUGGAGGACAUUAAAACAGCAUAUAAGAACUGUAAAGGUGAUAUGGACCAAAUUAUGGAUAAAGUAUUGUGUGCAGAUUAUACAGAUGAACCAAGAAUAAGGACAAUUAUCCAACAAGCCAUUGAUUUGGGAGAACUUCCAUUCUACAAAGCCUUUGCCAAAGAGUCUAAGCAAAAGAUGAAUGCAAGAAAAAGGAGGGCUGAAAAAGAGGCUAAAGAGGCAGAAAAAGCCAGAGAAGAACUAGGUCUUGAUAAAGAUGAUGAUGUCAGAGCAUUAAUUCAGAGAAAAAAUGAGAAUCGGAAAAAGGAAAUGGAUGACUUUCUGGCUCAGAUGGAAACAAAGUACGGAAAUUCCUCCAAAAAAGGAGGCAAGAAAACAGCAGCCAAGAAAAGAAGUAAAUGAGUGUUUUUUUCUAGAUAUAUUUUUCUUCAUGUCUUCCAUUUACAUUAAUCCUGCUCUGAGACAGCUGAAGGAAAAGCACUUCUUCAUCUAUUUAUGGCUAUGGGUAUAGUGUGGUACACAUGUUCAAAAAUGUGAGGUGUAAAAUCUGUGUAAUUUUCCAGAAUGCUGCGGAAGAGUAAGAUAUCGGCAAGUUUACAUCGAUUUUUGAAUGAUGUUUGGUUACUUCUGGAAAGCGCACUCGUGUGCAUAAGUGCAAAUAUUUCACGAUUUUAUAAAAGCAUUUGUUAAACUCAAUAAACAGUGUUUUGAUUGUGACAAAUAUAGAUCCAAAAUACCGACUGGGAAAGAUUGUCUUAAAUGUUUCUGAAGACACUUAAGAAAACAUUGUGAAAACAGGUACCUUUUAACAUCUAUUAUUAUCAGCAUAAGACAGGGCCCUCUACUUGCAAGACAUGAGAAUGGCUGUUAACAAUAGGACUUUUCGGAAGACAUCAAUUCAUAGGGUUGCCAUAGGUCAUUAGUGACUUGACAGCCCUUGACACACACACACAUUAUUGGCAGAACUUGCAGUAAAACUAUUCCCAAAAGGUUCCGUGUGCUAUAGCUGAGCUGUAAUUCCAGUAGCUCUUAUUAGUGGGCCCUUCAGACACUUAAGAACAUAAGAGACGCCAAAGUUGGAUCAGGCCAAAGGCCCAUCCCAUCCAACACUU